AUGGACUUCCAAAUUUCUCUCCUACGCAGGCAGGAUGCAACUAACAAAAUCAGUGUUAUUCUCGAUCCAAGUGUACUGGUCAUAGGGAGGCCGGAUGAAUCCAAAAAAGCCUUGCUAGCUUGGGAAACAGUCUGCACUCCUAAAACUGCCGGAGGAUUCAACGUAGUGCAGCUAAGGACAUGGAACAGAGCAGCCAUAUGCAAGCUCCUGUGGUGUUUAAGCAAUAAAAAGGACAGAUUAUGGGUUCGCUGGAUCAAUGCCUAUUAUGGGAAGUAUAUGCACGACUGGGCCGUCCCUAAGCAAGCCUCAUGGGUGGUUCAGAAAAUUAUCAAGGCAAGAACGUAUAUGUUGGACACUGGGUUGGAUGUAGAGGAAGUACUGGGAUGGUCCUCUUUCUCUGUAAAGAAUAUGUAUGUACAAAUGAGAGGCAAUUUUCAAAAAGUCCAUUGGAAGAAGCUCACUUGCAACAAUGCUGGUUCUCCUAAAUGGAUUUUUGUGCUAAACCUGACUGCCCAGAACAAGCUGCUUACUAGGGAUAGAUCGGCUUCAUGGGGGAUCACUCAAGAUGUUAUAUGUCCCCUAUGUAAUGUGGAGAAUGAAUCUGCAAAUCACCUCUUCUUCGCCUGUGCAUUUUCAGAAGGUAUUUGGGCUACGAUAUUGGCAUGGCAAGGAAUUAGAAGGAAUGUGCUCGAAUGGAAGGAUGAAGUACAAUAUGCUACAACAAGGGCAAGUGGUAACUCGGUCAGUGCUUGCAUCUAUAGGAUGUCUAUUGCUGCGAGUAUAUAUCAAAUUUGGGCAGAGAGAAAUAUGAGGAUUUUCCAAAGUAAGAGCGGGAAUCCAGAUCUCAUAAUUAGACAAGUCAUCCGAGAGGUUGUUGGAAGAGGAACCAUGAGAGCUCGUUUAGCUAGGAAGUUGGAGGAACUGAAUUCCUAUCCCUAG